AUGUUGAAUAAUGCAAAAAGAGUUUGGGUUCGAGAUGCUGAACACGGCUUUCUUCUUGGACGAAUAUCCGAUAUUGGCACAGAUAAUGUCACCAUAGAAUUACUUUCAAAUAAUAAUAAAACAUUAGUGACGACAUACGAUUCCGUCUAUCCAGCUGAAGAAUACGAUAAAGAUGUUCCAGAUAACUGUGCAUUGAUGUAUUUAAAUGAAGCAACAUUAUUGAACAAUCUAAGAUCAAGAUACAAAAAAAAUCGCAUUUAUACAUAUGUUGCAAAUAUUCUUAUUGCUAUUAAUCCGUAUGAAGAAUUAUAUGGUAUAUAUUCAGUCGAAACAGUUAAAAACUAUAAUGGAAAAUCGUUGGGUGUUAUGGAACCACAUGUAUUCGCUAUUGGUGAUAAAGCUUAUCGUGAUAUGCGCGCUCUUCGUCAAAGUCAAUCGAUUAUUGUUUCGGGCGAAUCAGGCGCUGGUAAAACAGAGUCAGCUAAAUAUAUCUUACAAUAUCUUACCGAAUCAUAUGGAACACAUAGUGGUCAAAUAGAAGACAGAAUUAAUAAAUCUAAUCCUUUACUCGAAGCAUUUGGAAAUGCAAAAACGACAAGAAAUAAUAAUUCAAGUAGAUUCGGAAAAUUUAUUGAAAUUCAUUUUAAUGAAAAGCAUCGAGUCGUUGGCGGAUAUAUUUCUCAUUAUUUAUUAGAAAAAAGUCGUAUUUGUGUUCAAAGUAAAGAUGAACGAAAUUAUCACAUAUUUUAUCGUUUAUGUGCUGGUGCACCAGAAAGUAUUCGAAGUGCUUUAAGAUUAGGUUCACCGGAUAGUUUUCAUUAUUUAAAUCGUGGUUGUACACAAUAUUUUUGUAAUGCACAAUCAGAAAAACAAUUAGCACAAAAUCGACGAAGUCGUGAGUUUAUUUCCAAAGGUCCAUUACAUGAUCCUCAACUAGAUGAUAUGAAUGAUUUUAUGGAAUGUGAUAAAUCAAUGGAUCAUAUUGGAUUAACGUCUCAAAAUAAAAUUAAUAUUUAUAGUACAGUGGCAGCUGUAUUACAUUUAGGAAAUAUUAGCUUUGAAGAUGAUCCAGAAAGUACAAAAGGUGGUUGUAAAAUAACGGCAUCUACUGAACAAUCAUUGACAAUAACAGCUGAAAUGCUUGGACUUCAAGUUAAAGAACUUCGAAUGGCAUUAAUAACACGUGUUUUAAUGACAAAAACAAGCAGUAGUCAAAAUGAAAAAUCUAUACCUGUUCCAUUAAAAGCUUAUGAAUCUCAAGGAGCUCGUGACGCAUUAGCCAAAGCUUUAUAUGUAAAAUUAUUUGAUCAAAUUGUUAAUCUAGUUAAUAAAUCUAUUCCAUUCAGUUCAUCAGUUAAUUACAUUGGAAUAUUGGACAUUGCUGGUUUCGAAUAUUUUCCUAUAAAUAGUUUUGAACAGUUUUGCAUUAAUUAUUGCAAUGAAAAAUUACAACAAUUUUUCAAUGAAAGAAUUCUCAAAGAGGAACAAACAUUGUAUGAAAAAGAAGGUCUUGGUUUGAAAAAAAUUAGUUACAUUGAUAAUCAAGAUUAUUUAAUUGAAGCAAAAACGACAGGUGCAUUUGAUUUAUUAGAUGAAGAAAGUAAAUUACCUACACCAAAACCGGAUCAUUUUACAGCUGAAGUACAUAAACGAAAUAAAGGACAUCCAAGAUUAGAUUUUCCACGUAAAUCAAAAUUACGUUCAAAUCGUGAAAUUCGAGAUGAUGAAGGAUUUUUAAUUCGACAUUAUGCUGGUGGUGUGGUCUAUUCAACGGAACAAUUUUUAGAAAAGAAUAAUGAUGCUUUACAUGCUUCAUUGAUUGUUCUCAUUCAAGAAUGUAAAAAUUCAUUUAUUAAAAAUUUAUUUGCCGAUAGUCCAGAAUUAGCACAGACUGGAAAAUUAAAUUUUAUCAGCGUUGGCAGUAAAUUUCGAUCACAAUUAACUGAUUUAAUGAAUAAAUUACGAAAUACAGGCAUUAAUUUUGUUCGUUGUAUAAAACCAAAUAUAAAAAUGGUUCCAAAUUUGUUUGAAGGUGGUCAAAUAUUAAGUCAGUUACAAUGUAGUGGAAUGGUAUCUGUAUUGGAUUUAAUGCAACAAGGUUUUCCAUCUCGUACUCAAUUCUCUGAAUUAUAUAAUAUGUAUAAAUCGUAUCUACCAGCAGAAUUAGCACGAUUAGAUCCAAGAUUAUUUUGCAAAGCAUUAUUUAAAGCAUUAAAUUUAAAAGAUGCCGAUUUUAAAUUUGGUUUAACAAAAGUAUUUUUUCGUCCCGGAAAAUUUGCUGAAUUUGAUCAAAUAAUGAAAUCGGAUCCAGAUAAUCUUGCAGUAUUAAUAUCAAAAGUAAAAAAAUGGUUAUUGUGGACUAGAUGGAAAAAAGCACAAUGGUGUGCAUUAUCAGUUAUUAAACUUAAAAACAAGAUUAUUUAUCGUCGACAAUGUUUAAUUCAAAUACAAAAACGUGUUCGAAUGUGGCGUGUAUAUAAACAAUAUGCACCAAGAAUUCGUGGAUUAAUCAAAGUGAAAGCUCUUCAUGCUCAAGUAGCAUCGAUGGAACAAAUUGCUAAUCAAAUGAAAAUAAACAAAGAACAAGUUGUCAAACAAGUACAACAACUUCAACAACGUGUAGAUGAAUUAAUUGGAAAAAUAACGAAUACUCAAAUGUCUUCAAAUCAAAUUGAGAAUGCAUACAAUGAUUUGUUUUCAGCAAUUGAUCGUGAAUUACGCUCAUUAAAACAAAUACUUGAACAACAAAAAGUUAAAGAAGAACAAGAUCGAUUACAUAGAAUACAAAAUGAAUUGGAACGAGAAAGAAAUAAAAUAACAGAUGAAGACAAACGAUCAGUACACGAAUCAGAAGAUUUUAAAAUGAGAGCAAAAUUAGCUGCUAGACAGAAAGAAGCAGAACAAUUAAUGGGAAAAUUGGGUACUGAAGAGUCAAAAAUGAAAGAACGUAUGUUAAAAGAAGCAGAAGAAAACAAAAUUAGAGAAGCAAUUGAACGUCGUGAUUAUGAAUUAGCUUGGCGUUUGGGACAAGAGACGAACAGUGAAGUUGAACCUUUGCAAUUUUUAAUGAGAUCACGAUCAAAGCCUGUAAACUCAAAAUUUGACCUUCAAAAACAUUCCUAUGCACAAUUACGUGAUUUAAUUAAUACAUCUUGUGAUCUUGAAUUAUUGGACGCAUGUCGUGAAGAAUUUCAUCGUCGUUUGAAAGUCUAUCAUGCAUGGAAAUCAAAAAAUCGUAAAUUAAAAAAUGGAAUCGAGCGUGAUGAUGAACGUGCACCCAAAGAUAUCAUGGAUAAAGCUGAAUUAACAGGCAUGCCUAUGGCUGCAGCUUCCAAAUCAAAUUCAUCUUCACAAUCAAAAAGUGAUCAAAUAAAUGAACAACGUUAUUUUCGUAUUCCAUUUCGUCGCCCAACAGAUAAGAAUCUGGAAGAUAAUGACCAACGGAAAAAUGGAUGGUGGUAUGCCCAUUUUGACAAUAAAUGGAUAGCUAGACAGAUGGAAUUGCAUCCCGAUAAACCUCCUGUUUUAUUAGUAGCUGGAGUUGAAGAUCAUAAUAUGUGUGAAUUGAGUUUGGACGAAACUGGAUUAGCAAAUAAGAAAGGUGCUGAAAUAUUAGAAAAAGAUUUUGAACAAGAAUGGUUAAAAAAUGGUGGUAAGGCUUAUUUACAUUCACACUCUGGUCAAAUAUCGUCGAAAUAUGUUCUACAAUUAAUGAGACAUUAUCGUUAA